UAUAUAUAUAUAUAUGUAUAUUUAUUUAUUUAUUUAUUACUAAUAAUCAUAAUAGAAAAUAUGAUGAUGAUCUUCAUAGUACUAAUACAAUUACUACAUGAGAAUAUUAAUCAUAAUAGCAAAUGUAAUAUGAAUGGGUUUAAACCAUCUGAGUAGGGACACAUAUUGUAUAAUAUUGUAUUAUUCUCAAUCUAGCACCAUUAAAAUUUUACGUUGAAACGGAUCAGGACAUUAAUGUACUCAGUUUAUGAAUUUAAAGUCCAAACAUUUCAAAAUGAUGACACAGGAAGACAAAUGGUUCGAUUAUUUCAUUUCAAAUAACCCACAUUGAUUAUUGAUGUUAGAUCCGUCAACGCAUGCGAGUCUGCGCGCGCAUGGACGUGCGCAUUCCCGAAUCGUUGUGAGCGCGCCUCGCGGUGCUGAUGGAGCGGAUGCUCAUUCAGCCUGCUGCUUUAUCGAUGAGGAGGAAGAGGAGGAGAAGGAAGAUGAAGAGCAAGGGUCCUUCAUCCGAUCACAGCAUCGAUCUGCGAUGAUCGAUCAUCGGGGCGGCCGCGCCGAUCGGCUCUUCUGAUCCCGGAUCGGAGCGGCUGCGCGUGGCGACAGUAAUUCGAUCGAUUGAUCGAUCCCACCUGAGGUCAAAGCUCCUGAAGACUCUCCCUAGAGAGGCCAAACUGCAGCUAACACGUAGCAGCUAGCCCCAGGCGUCCUGUGCUUGGGGUCCAGGCUGUUGGAUGGCCAAUGGAGUGAAGUACUGGAGCUCUUAUGAACCCAGGUGAUUGAGUGUGGCAGUGGGAGAGGGCGGGAUCACAUGGGAAACACCAGCCAUGGAGGUCAAAGGUCAAUUCAUCUCCACACCUGACCCUUCCACCUGUCCAGACAGGAAGUACAAGGAGCGAAUGGCAGAGCUGCAGGAGCGGAGACGGGGCCUGCAGGCGCUGCUGAGCACUCGAGUGGCUGAGUUGAAACGCGUCUGUCUGCAGGAGGCGGAGCUGACGGGUGCGCUGCCCAGUGACUUCCCCCUGGAGGCGGGGGAGAAACCCCCCUCUGUACCACGGAGACGUGGAACUUCCCGACAAGCAAACAGGAAGUGCCAAACAGAGGAGGAAUACUCUCAGCGUUCAAAGUCCAAGAAAACUUUGUUCAGUGGAGCUUUGCGGAAACACAGCGACCCUGAACACAACACACACACACACCACGGCAAAAGAACAGUACACCGAGGCUGCCACACAGAUGACACAGUGAGGUCAGAGAGCAGCUCCACUUCAGACUCUACAGGUCUAGAAAACGAUGACAGUGUGUCUGCUCCUCUCCUCGUCUCCUCUGGUUCUCCAGUUAAAGUUUUCUUCCAGAACAAAACUACCAGAAACGCUCUGCACAUCAGGACUGACCAUCCAGAGACUCUUCAGACUUAUAAGCCCCUGCAUCCAUCCCAUCUUCCUACUCCACCCCCGCGCUCUUGGGACUCCUCCUCUGGACCCUCUAAUACAGGCGGGGUCCGGUUCAACGCAGCUUGUCAUAGCAACAGCUCAGACGGCCACCUAGAUCGCAUCAACCCCCUCGAGGACAGUGGUUUGAUGGUCAGCGGAGAGACACUGCCGGAGAGACCAACAAGGGUGAUUACCAGCAACGGGCUCACGGAGCGUACAGAGGUGGGCCGGUGGAGAGGAGGGGGGUACAGCGAGGUCCUGCUAGACUAUGUGUGGGGAAAACAAAGGCAGCUGCAGCCCAACAGCCAGCAUCUAAUCCCAUGCAACUACCAGCUGCUCUUCAAUGGUUACUCCUCGCAACAGCCUCUAGAAGACCCCCCCACCUACCGCACCCACCUGGGGGACCAGCGCCGGGUCAGGGUGACACGAACCAAGUCCUGCGGCCCCUUCCUACCAUUGCAGAAGGGUCAGGCAGAUACCCAGGAUUUUCCUCUGUCUGCUAUUCAGCCAGACCCCCACCCCUACCUGCUGCCCCCCCGGCCACCACAGCUGCCCCCUGUUCAGGACGUACAGCUGGAAGAGACCACCAGGAGCCUCCACAAGACCCUUGCCCUGGAAGGUCUAAGGGACUGGUACCUGAGGAACACAAAAGGCUCCGCUCACAAAAACCUCGCUAACGGAAAGAUGAGUGCAGGGGCCAUCGAUCAGGUUGGAGGAGGAGGAGCUCUGCAGAGCAACCUGAGGAAUCAGGCUGUAUUCCAGCAGUCCACCUAUUGGACGGAGAAGAGUCAACAUCACACUAUGGCGCAUUCUUCCACGUUCCACGGACAGCCACUCCAGGGCAGGUCUAUGGAGGCCCCUCUCUACCACAACUCCUUCCCUCCCCACACACAGGAAGACCAGCCGUCACCUGGAACUCUGGUUUAACUCAGCUCCCAAUCAGGACGCGAGCUGACACACUAACUUGGGCCAAUCCUGGGACCAAUCCUGGGACCAGCUCCUCUUAAUUCAGCUGAAACCCCGCCUCCCAUGAGGUCACAAGGAAGGGUGACAAUGUCACUGUCCUGAGAGAGGCUGCAAUUUGUCCUCAUGAUGGCAUUCCAGGUGCUCAAACCGCAAAAGGGUUUCUAGGUUAAAAAAAAGAUGCAAAAGAGUAAACUACAGGUAUUUUUUAAAACAUUUUCUAAGAUGUCUUCAAUCUGUUAUUCGCUCAGACAAUCAGGAAAACAAACAGAUUUAUAUGAACUUUUGACUGACAACGGACCGAUAUUUACCAGCUCAAACCAGCAGACCUUUUGAUGAGGUGUAAGGGAUCGGAUCAGGUGACCUCAGGUGAAUCAGGCAGGAACCAGCAGCUGAGACUCUUCCGGUAUUCUUAGUUUGAGCACAGGGUAUAAGGGUAGAAAUUCAAAAACAGUAAUAACAACAGUAACAACAACAACAACAACAACAACAUAACAUCAGCAACAACAACAGGAUUACACCAGGGGUCCGUUUCAAGAAGGAGGUUCAACAAACUCUGAGUUUUGGGUUUCAGAUCAGCUGUUUAGAGUCGGUUCAGAGUAGUUUGAUUCAGAGUUGAGCGCGUGCACUGAAGGCAGCAUGAAUGGAGUCGUGAUACAACAAGUUACCAUGGCAACGACCACAAACCAUCUGUCGUACGUCACCCCUAUUGAGGUGUAAAUAUUAAUGCAAGAGUACGGAGUUUGAACCGUGAUUAGAAACAAAGCAACACGCUACUGCAGCAACAGACAGAGAAAAAACGAAUGAUAAAAUUAAUUCACUCUGUUAGAACGCACUACUCACAGGCUGGAAAUACAUACCAUGCUCAUAUUUAACCACUAGAAUACAACUGGUCCAAUGGUAUUGAACUUGGGGGACGUUAGUUAUAUGAGGACAGUGAGGUUAUGGACAUAUUUGAUGGACUGUGAAGAAAAAUGAUACCGUUCAAACAAGUAUUUAUCUGGAAAUGACAAUAAAUCUAAUCAGGGCUCAAUAUUCUCUCCAACGUUUAACACCCUGAGAAGUAAAACCGCUUCUUGAUCAACAGGAUCGUCCAGAAAAGGACAUCCAUGUUGCAGAAGACACUUUAGUCUUUAACGUAACAGGAUCUUAUUUUGUGGAAACUGAUUCAGAGGAUGAAUGAAUGAGGAAAUGAAAGUGCGCUGUGUCAUUGGCUGGCUGCUGUCAGGGGGAGGAGUCUGUGAAAGAAUCAGGUGAGGUUCACAGGCUCAGUUACCAUAGCGACUGACCCUGAGCUUUAGUUACUUCUCUUUCUGAAACAGACAACCAGAGUUUUCCUCAUCUCAGGGUGAACAAACUCUGAGUUUACACUGAACCUGCUUCUUCAAACGGACCCCUGGUGAGUUCUAUAGCAGCAACAACAACGUAUCACCGGUAACAUCCAAUCCAAUAAUGUGAUCAGUUCUGAGGUCUGUUCACACCUGGUGUUAACAGUCCUAAUUGAUCCGUUAUCCAGCUGCGGAUUGAGCUUGAAACAUCCCCCAAUGAACAAAACUUCCUGUUACCCAGAAGACACCACGGCAGGAGGCGGUCUGUAAUAAUGUUACCAGGUGUGAACGGGUCUGAGAGCAAUAAGAGGACCAGGGUGUCCAUGAUGUGCUCUGAACCUUUGCAGCGACUAUCAGACGAUGACGUCACAGAGUCGAUCGAUUUGUUUAUUGAUCGACUGCACUCAGCCUGUUUUCUAAUGAUCUUUAGGGAACUCUUUUAUACAAUGAUACCUGAACUCAAUAUUAAUGAAACGCAAUUUCAAAAGUGUUUGAUGGUAUCAGGAAGACUUCAAUGACCCAUUGAAGUGUUAAUGAUUGAUUAUUUAUUCUGUUUUGUGAUGUGUAUUAGUUCUUUACUGCCAAAAUGUAUAUAUAAAUGUGUGUGUGUGCGUGUUUGUGUGUGUGACACACACACCCGCUGUGGAGCUGGUGCAGAUCUCUGCUGAGCCUCUUCAGGUCCAGAACCUUCUCAUGCAUUCUGCCAUAAUAUGUUCAGGUUCACUUUGUAACAAUCUUAACUUUUAGGGUUUAUUUAUACUUUUUAAUGUGAAAAAUCUUCUUGUAAAUAAAUUCAUAAUUUGAUGAUACUGUUAAGUAUAAAAUCUAA